GCCGGUCUGAAAGAAAAGAAAGUUCCGUGAUUCCUCAAGGGGUGAACAAUAUUCCAAGGACGGUUCUAUAUGUGUCCCAUGUGUUCUGCCGAUGUUGUCUUCGUCACGUGGUAACCGGCUGAAUUACAGAGAUGAAUAUCCAGAAGCCCGAGGGUCUUUUGUCGGUGGUUUUACCUACUGAACUUGCGUCUUCGCCCAGUUCACGACAGCUUAUUAUGAAUCAAGACCAACAGGAUGAAGAAGCAUCGGAUUGUCCACUUCUGACACCCAGUCCACGAAUUGACGAUGCGCUCGAUUCCAGCGCGAUUUUCGUUUCCCUGGAGGGAAAUCCCGUGGAAUCGAUUCCGCCGCCGACACUCGAGAACAUUAAUAGGGAAGAUGGGCUUAGCGAAUUCAUGAAUAUAGUGAACAGUUCGAGCAAAGCUCUGAACGACGAGCCGAGCUCCCGUGAUCCAAUGGUCGAGUCGUCGAGCAGCGGGAGCAGCAGCGAUACGAAUGGACCGGUUUGCGCGCAAUUGUUGACGCAGCUGAACACAGCGUAUCAACAUCUCGCUCCUGAUGCACAAGCGUUGUUUUACAAUCAGGAGAAUGGCGGGAAGCCACCGUUGGUUGGGAUCCAGCUGGUGGUGCCGAAGCCGCCCAAGGAUUAUCGUUUCAUGAAGUGGAAUUGGCCGUUGAUACGGAAGACGUGCUUCUGGUCUCUGAUGUCGGUGCUCGCUGGCUGCAUGGCGCUCGUGGUUGGCGUUAUUGCCACGAUGCCAAAGAAGUGUGAUCCGCGGGUGCAAUGGUGGCAAGGCAGUAUAUUCUACGAGAUAUUCCCAGCGUCUUUUCAGGACUCGUCCAAGGUCGGCGACGGUAUCGGCGAUCUUCGUGGCGUAACUAUGCAUCUGGAUUAUUUGAAAAAGCUCGGCGUUCGGGGUGUCCGUUUGAACUCGAUAUUCCCGGCGGACCACUAUCCCGAAUAUUAUAUGAACAUCACGAGUCUGACCGACCUGAAUAAACAGCUGGGCACGUUGAACGAUCUCGACGUGCUCGUGCGGGAGAUCCAUAGACGGAACAUGAGCCUGAUAUUGGAUCUGCCUAUUUAUCCAUUUGUGACGACCCUGUACGACGAGACGGUGCCUGUCGACAAGCUGAACAGAACCGACAAAGCGGUGCGCGAGAGAAGAGACGUUACGACGGAUGAUAUAGUUCUGGGGGAUGACGUGGUGGUGUCGACGACACCGUCGGUGUCGCUGCAUGCGAUACCGGACGCGUUGUCCUCGAUACCACCGUCAGCCUUGGACGAACCGCCGCGACAGCAAGCUCUGACAUCGAAUCACAUUAACGCCGCGACGGAGAAUCCCGUCACAACUGCGAUCAAGUUCUGGUUACAAAAAGGGGUCGAUGGAUUCUAUCUGAAAGGGCUGGAGCACUAUGUGGAUGAGGUGUCAUUCACGGAUAGUCUGGGCCACUGGAAGACCCUGCUCGGACACGAGAAAAUUCUCAUUUGUCAUAUGGACGCUUUAAAAGCGGCGAAAACCGACGCAGCUAAAGAUUCCAUUCUGACGAAUGUGGAUCUCGUGGAAGUUACGCUUCGCCUGGCAAACGGGACCAAGGAGAUUAAGAGACAGGUGGAGGAGGUCACGAAGGGUUUGUUGUUCGAGAAACCCGGUUACUCGUGGGUGCAAUGGUCCAUUGGCGGAGUGGACUCAAAGAGAGUGGCUUCCAGCAUUACCGUGAAGAACGCAACAAUUGCUGCCUCUUUGUUGGGAAUGAUGCUGCCAGGCACACCGAAUAUAUUCUAUGGGGACGAGAUAGGUAUACUGGACUGCGAAUGCGAGGAUCACAAAGAUCUCGCUCACGUGCACAACCUAGCUCCCAUGUAUUGGGGCCCGAAUGAUGGUUCCGAUAAUAGGUUCGCGUCCAUUGGCGUCACGGCCUGGCUACCGGAGGCUAAGCAGCCAUUGGAGACAAGCUUGAUGGGAAAUAUAGCAGAGAUGGCUAGACUUCGAUCUGAAACUACUCCGAUUUAUGUUAAAGCGGUGCUGAAAGAUAACCAGGUGUUGGCCAACUGUGAUAUUAGGUAUGCGGACGAUGAAGUAAUCGUGAUAGAACGAUGGUAUCCACGACGUAAUUCGUACGUCUUCGUGGCCAACUUAGGCAACAGCACGCAAACAAAGGAUUUAUCUUUCCUUUAUUAUGGUGGCCAUGUUGUUGUUGGUCCGACAUACAGGUUGAACAAGGAUGUGUACUUCAAGGAGCUUACUGUGCCUCCGGGCGAGGCAUUCGUUAUAAAACUCGAUAAAUGAAAUGAAGAUUCACGUAACAUUCAUUUUACAUCUGACGAAGAUUUUUAGCUUUUUCGAUUGACACUUAAACCCGUCUCGAAGCCAAACUGAUCAAAUUCACAAAAUACUAAAGUAACGAAAGCUGGCGAUAUUUUGCGUACACACACA